UAAAGUGACUGUAGGCAUGAAAAGGCGUGCUGCUGGCAACGCUCUGUAGCUUGCUAGCGUCUUUGUGGACAGACGCAGUCCUUGGCAAAAACGCUCUUAAUGUUUCUAAGUUUGGAAACACAGACACUGCAGUAUUAUUUUCGUAUUACGCUAAAAAAGAACCUCACUUCCAUCCAGGCUGAUUAAGGCAUCAAGACAGAAAGUGAGAGUACGCAAAAGAAAUAGAGGGAGACGGGCAACCGAUGCAUUAGUUCCGUUUCCUGACAGCCGCGCGCUGGACCCGCGGCUAGAAGAAGCUCGCGCAGCGAAGCUUAGGGGCUGUGCGAAGAAGACACUAGUGCUCUGCGCAGGAGGUAGCCGUAACGGAUUUGGUUUGUCACCGGCUGGUGUGAAGUGGCAGUGGACAAAUGGCAGCGGAGUCGACACGGAGGUUCACCAAGAACUUGCUGAAGCCAGGAAGCGCGGCGGAGAUCAGGCAGAACGCGUCUCAGGUUGUCAAACAGACGGCGCUUCUCACGCAAGACAAACCCAAACUUUUAGACCCCUUGGAUUACGAGGCUGUCAUUUCUGAGCUGGAAAGUGAACUGAAAGAUGACCCUUUGAAAGAUCUGGUCCUGUUCCCUGAAGAUGAUUAUUCGAUCUCUACAGUGUCCUGGGAUAGGCCGACAUUAUACUCAACAGUUCCUGAAGGGGCUGAAAUGCAGGCUGAGAGUCUGCUUGUUAAGGAGUCUUGUAAGUUCUACAAUUCACAGUGGCAUGUAGUCCAUUACAAGUAUGAACAAUACUCUGAAGACUACCGACAGCUACCCAGAAAGCAGUACAAGCCAGAUAAGCUGCCUUCACACUCCUUUGAAAUUGAUCAUGAAGAUGUUGAUAAAGAUGAGGACACAACAUCACUGUCAUCUUCUAAAGGAGGGACUGGGGGAGGAGGAUUUGGAGUGUUCAAGUCUGGUUGGCUUUAUAAAGGGAAUUUCAAUAGUAAUGUGAACAAUAGCAUCACUGUAAGGUCAUUCAAAAGGAGAUAUUUCCAGCUCACACAGCUUUCUGAUAAUUCAUAUAUUAUGAAUUUUUAUAAAGAUGAAAAAAUAUCAAAAGAGCCCAAAGGAUGUAUUUUUCUUGAUUCAUGUACUGGGGUAAUUCAGAAUCACAAGCUGAGGAAAUAUGCAUUUGAGUUAAAAAUGAAUGAUGUGACCUACUUUGUUCUGGCGUCAGAAAAUGAGCAGGAUAUGGAUGACUGGAUUUCCACCCUAAACCGAAUUUUGCAAAUCAGUCCUGAGGGGCCAACACAAGAACGCAAGAGCAUUGAUCUCACUGACAGCAAGACUGAUUCUCUUGACAUGACACCAAUUGAGCCCAACCUGGCUGAAACAGAUGACUCUUCAGAAAGUAACAUAAAUCCAGAAUUGGCUAAGUACAUUAAUGAAACUGAAGAUUCUGUUAAAACAGCAAGAAGGGAAGCCCGAUUGAAUUUAUUCUCCUUAGACCCUGACAUGCCCUACUCCACAACCCCACAGCGUUGUCUUCUGAAGAAGGAUGUUCCUUGGUCCUGGAAUCCAGCCUGCUCUGAGGCUAUCAGCCUUCCGAAGAUAUCCAAAGCACAGAAGUCUGAUUUUGCUGUAAAUGAAAGCACAACAAAACCUUUUGAAGAAAAAGUUGGAAAAAGAAUUUUGUUAUGCUGUAAAUCACUACAGAUGACACUUCAAGGCUGUGUGACAGAUGAUGAAACUGGUCCAGUUACCAAUAUUGAACCCUUUUUCAUCACCAUCACUCUCUUUGAUAUUCGAGAGGGUCGUAAGGUGUCAGCAGAUUUUCAUGUUGACAUGAAUCAUGAACUUGUGAGGAAGAUGAUUACAGGUUCAGCUUCAGUGAUGGAAAAUGGAGUAAGUCCACCAUCUGAGAAAAUCCCAGGAGACUGUCAGCUGUGUGGCAUUCCUGAAGAGUGGCUACAUUUCCCAAAACAGGCCAUUUUCUCAGUUUCAAAUCCACAUUCAGAUAUAGUUUUGGUUGCCAGGAUAGAAAAAGUAUUGAUGGGAAGUAUUACAAGCGGAUCUGAGCCUUACAUCAAGAACACAGACUCAAGCAAGACUGUUCAGAAGAUUUUAAAAUCAAACAAGCAGUUCUGUGGCAAGCUUGGCAAAUACCGCAUGCCUUUUGCCUGGUCUAUAAGACCAGUAUUCAAGGAUAAUCAGGGGACAGUGGACCGAGAUUCAAGAUUUUCGCCUUUGUUCAAACAAGACAGCAGCAAAAUUUCAACUGAAGACUUGCUGAAAUUGAUAUCAGAGUACAGAAGGGCAGAAAAAACUAGUAAACUGCAAACCAUCCCAGGUAACCUGGAGGUCACUGUGGACUGUGUCCCAAUGGAGCAUCCAAACUGUGUGACAUCCGCCUAUAUACCUCUGAAGCCUUUUGAGGAUUUACAGAAACACCAGCCAAGCAUAGAAAUCGAAGAGUUUGUGCAAGAAUCCACCAAGUACUGCCAGCCUUACCGACUCUAUAAAAACCAAAUUUAUGUUUAUCCAAGGCACCUAAAAUAUGACAGUCAAAAGUUUUUUGCCAAGGCCAGAAAUAUAGCUGUGUAUACUGAGUUUCGCAGUUCAGAUGAAGAAGGUGCCCGACCCUUAAAGUGCAUAUAUGGUAGACCAGGAGGACCUGUUUUCACAAAUGCAGCCUGCACAACUGUUUUACAUCAUUCUCAGAACCCUGAUUUUUAUGAUGAGGUUAAAAUAGAGCUCCCCACUCAACUUCAUGAGAAGCAUCAUAUUUUAUUUUCCUUUUACCAUGUUACUUGUGACAUCAACGCCAAAACAAAUGCUAAAAAGAAAGAGACUCUGGAAACACCAGUUGGUUAUGCAUGGCUUCCGCUGCUGAAAGAUGGCAUUCUCCCUUCCCAAGAGCAUAACAUCUCAGUGGCAAACAGUUUACCUUCAGGGUACCUAAACGUCAAAGAUCCCACAACUGGAAAGCAAUGUGCAGCAGACACUAAAUGGGUGGAUGGAGGAAAACCAAUAUUCAGAGUGGCGACACACUUGGUCUCUACAAUCUAUACUCAGGAUCGGCAUCUUAAUCGUUUCUUUCAGGAGUGUCAAAGAAGAGAAAUGGACCUUUCUCAGCUCCCUACCUCAAAUUUCAUGAACUGUCUGAAGGGUCUGCUCAGUAUGGAGAGAAUCAAUGUCAUUGUCCGAUUUCUUCCCAUUCUUCUCAAUCAAUUGCUGAAGGUCCUUAUUCAGAGCAAUGACGAUGAUGAAGUUAUUACAGCUACCACCAGAGUGCUUAUUCAUAUUGUUGCCAAGUGUUCUGAAGAACAUCUGGAUCAUUACCUCAAAUCUUAUGUAAAGUUUGUGUUCAAGACAGAAUGCUAUGAAGAAAAAACAUUACAUGAAGAGCUUGUCAAAGGAAUGUAUUCCAUCUUAAAAACCAAUGAACAAGCAGCAAUUAAAAAUAUACUUAAGUAUUCCCGCUUUUUCUUUGAGCUCAUUACUAAAUCAAUGGCACAGUAUCUGAAGAUUACAAAUAGAAUACAGCUCCCACGAACCGAACGCUUGUCUCAGUCUUAUUACAUACCUUUGGAAUCACUUGUGAUGUCCAUGUCAGACCACAUUUACUGGAAAAACAAGGAAUUACCUGAAGAGACAAGGAAUGCAAAUCUUGCUGUUGCGAUGUUUGUGAAGCGUUGUUUCACCUUUAUGGACAGAGGAUUCACAUUUAAGCUAAUCAGCAAUUAUGUCAACAUGAUUGCUACAGGAGAUAAGGCCAUGUGCAAGUUCAAGUUUGAGUUUCUUCAGGACGUAUGCAACUAUGAGCACUAUAUCAAUCUAAGCCUCCCAAUACCUUCAGCAAAGAUUACAGAUAAGGCUACUUCCUCCGACAACUCUGACAACUCUCACGAUUUCCCAGAAUACAGUCUGACUAAUGAAUAUUGUCGUAAGCAUUUUCUAACUGGACUGUUGCUUCGAGAAGUUGGCUUUGCUCUUCAGGAAGACCAGGAUAUUAGACAUUUGGCUCUCACUAUUCUGAAAAACCUUAUGGCAAAACAUUCUCUAGAUGAAAGAUAUGCCGAAAAGAAGAGACAGGAAAGAAUAGCAUCUUUGUAUCUACCUCUGUAUGGUAUGAUCCUUGAUAAUAUGCCCCGUUUUUUUAUGAGAGAUAUCUUUCCAUUUAACUUCACAUCUUCUGAUCAGGGCUCAAGGGAUGAUUUAAGUGUGACAGGAGGAUUACAGAGUCACAUGGCUUCAGCUCUGAAACAUGCAAACUCCGUGGAUACUUCCUUCUCCAAGGAGGUCCUCAAUUCCAUCACAGCUUUUUCAUCACUGGCAGUAUCCACAGCAAAUCACGCUGACUCUAGAGCCUCCUUAAUAAGCAUUGAAUCAAACCCAAGCAAUAGUGACAAGAACAGUGAGAAGACAGAUACUUGUGAGAAGUUUGUAAGGCCUUUGUCCUUGAUCGGAUCAGCUUUACGAUUUGAUAAAUUGGACCACGCAGAAACCAGGAGUCUCCUCAUGUGUUUUCUUCAUAUUAUGAAAACUAUCUCUGAAGAUGUAAUGGUAUCUUACUGGCAAAGAGCAGUUCAUCAAGAGAUUUCAGAUUUUUUCAACAUUUUAGAAUUAUGCCUUCAGCAUUUCAAAUUUUUGGGAAAGAAACACAUUGCAAGGAAGCUAGCUGCAGCAGUAAAACUGGCUCAGGCCUCGCAGAACAAUGGCACACUCAAAGGCUCUAGUACAUCCACCCAAGCAUCCAGUAUUAUAUCACAAUGGAUGCACUCCACCCAAGAGGGUCACAGGCAUAGCCGCUCCCAGACCAUGCCAAUUAUACGUGGAAAAAAUGCACUUUCAAAUCCUAAACUUUUACAAAUGAUGGAAAGUUCCAAUAACGCAUCCAACAGUAAUGUAUCUGAAACUGACAGUGUGAAUCCUACUGAUAUCGAAGCUAAUGUUUCAACAGAGGUCUGUCUUACUGUUCUUGAUAUUCUAAAUCUCUUUACACACCACCAUCGGAAGCAGUUACAGCAAGAUGACGGCCAGAACUCACUAAUGAGGAAAGUGUUUGAUACAUAUCUUCUCUUUCUGCAAAUUAAUCAGUCUACAGCUGCACUGAAGCAUGUCUUUGCUGCUCUGAGACUCUUUAUUCAAAAGUUUCCUUCAGCAUUCUUUCAAGGGAAAGCAGAUCUUUGUGGAUCCUUAUGUUAUGAAAUUCUGAAAUGCUGUAAUCAUCGAUCUAGCUCCACUCAAACUGAAGCCUCUGCCAUGUUGUAUUUCUUCAUGAGGAAAAAUUUUGAAUUUGCCAAAAGGAAAUCUAUUGUCAGAUCCCACUUGCAGGUUAUCAAAGCAGUAAGCCAACUCAUAGCAGAUGCAGGAAUUGGCGGUUCUCGGUUCCAGCAGUCACUUGCCGUAAUUAAUAAUUUUGCCAAUGGAGAUGUACACCUAAGAAACACCUCAUUUCCAGCUGAGGUGAAGGAUCUGACCAAAAGGAUAAGAACUGUGUUGAUGGCCACAUCACAAAUGAAAGAACAUGAGAAGGACCCAGAAAUGCUUGCGGAUCUACAAUACAGUUUAGCUAAUUCAUAUGCCAGCACUCCUGAACUGCGCCGAACUUGGCUAGAGAGCAUGGCUAAGGUCCAUGUGAGAAAUGGAGAUCUGUCAGAGGCUGCAAUGUGCUACAUUCAUAUUGCUGCACUCAUUGCAGAAUACUUGAAAAGAAAAGGUUACUGGAAAGCUGAAAAGGUGCGGAACUCAAGCGUGUUUACUGAGGAUGUGAAUGCUAUUAAUUGUAACCACUUACUAACAGCACAAGAUGGAGAUUCUUUGUUUGCAGUUGGCUGGGCAGCAUUUGUGUGCAUAACACCGAAUGUUAAGGAAGAAGGUGCAAUGAAGGAAGAUACGGGCAUACAGGACACAGCAUACACAGAGGACACGCUUGUGGAGCAACUUGAGUUAUGUGUGGACUAUUUGUGGAAAUCAGAAAGGCAUGAACUCAUAGCGGCAGUCAAUAAGCUUGUCAUCUCCGUCUUUGAGAAGAGGAGAGACUUCAAGCGACUCUCAGAACUGUACUAUGAUAUCCACCGGUCAUACCUCAAAGUCACAGAAGUUGUUAAUUCAGAAAAACGGCUUUUUGGAAGAUAUUACCGUGUUGCCUUCUAUGGACAGGCUGCGGGAUUCUUUGAGGAAGAGGAAAGUAAAGAAUUCAUCUAUAAAGAACCAAAGCUGACUGGUCUCUCGGAAAUAUCCCAGAGACUGCUAAAGCUGUAUUCAGAUAAAUUUGGAUCUGAAAAUGUGAAAAUGAUCCAAGAUUCCAACAAGGUGAAUCCCAAGGAUCUGGAUCCCAAAUACGCCUACAUACAAGUUACCUAUGUGACUCCAUUUUUUGAAGAAAAGGAGCUACAAGAAAAGAAGACAGACUUUGAAAGACAUCACAAUAUAAGGCGCUUUGUGUUUGAAACUCCAUUCACACUUUCUGGAAAAAAACACGGAGAUGUGGAAGAGCAGUGCAAAAGGAGAACUAUUCUGACCACAAGUUCUUCAUUCCCAUAUGUAAAAAAACGAAUACAAGUUGUAGAUCAACAAAGCACGGAGCUCAACCCCAUAGAAGUGGCCAUUGAUGAGAUGUCCAGGAAGGUGUCUGAACUUAAUCAGCUAUGCAGCAUGGCAGAGGUGGACAUGAUCAGGCUCCAGCUUAAGCUACAGGGAAGUGUCAGUGCCAAGGUAAAUGCAGGACCAAUGGCAUACGCAAGGGCGUUCCUAGAAGAGAAGAAUGCGAAAAAGUACCCAGACAACCAAGUGAAACUUCUGAAAGAAAUUUUCAGACAAUUUGCAGAAGCAUGCGGGCAUGCUUUGGAAGUGAAUGAGCGUCUGAUUAAAGAGGAUCAGGUGGAGUACCAGGAGGAAAUGAAGACACACUAUAAGGACUUGCUGAAUGAGCUCUCGACUGUUAUGAAUGAAAAGCUUCACUAUGGCACAGUUUCUUCCAGCUUCUGUUCUUCUUUGUCUAAUAUCUCACUCACAACUGCCUCUAAAAGUGAUUUCCUACAGGGAGGACACAACAAAGCAGCCAGGAAUGGAACGGCAUCACGUCUUCCAUGCAAUCAGUAAAGCAUCUGCUUCAGGGCCGCCAGGCACCGGUGAAAAUCCUCAAAGCUGAAUAAUAAUGAAGGCAACAAAGAAGCCAAGUGCUCAACUAGCGCAGUAUUAGUCAAUGAAGUACAAAAAAAAAAGAAAUGAGAAGCAGUCUGUGACAUUGUUCUCCAGACAACGAGGACGUCACCAGGUUAGAAACUGGCAGGACAACAUGCAAUGGGUUGUAAAAUAUCACUGUUAGAGUGUGUGAGUGACGUCCGUAUGGCCGUGUGGUUUUAACGCCUCACUAUUGUCUGCACUUUCCAACCCGAUUAUCCGUCCACGAAGUCGUACCCUCAGUGGUCUUAGCCGUACUCGGCGUGUUUGAAGAAUCUUAAUGUCAAAAUAUUUUAUAAUGCAUUUGGCUGCUUUUACUUAGUAUUUUAUGUGUAAAUAAGAAUUAAUAUUUAAGAAGAAAACUUUUUUCUUUAUUUUCUUUUAUAUAUAUAUAUAUAUGAAUAUGUUUUGUUGCAAUAAAUUAAAGAAAAUGAAUGGUACUAAAGUUUUAUGUAUAACAAUGAAAUAAAUUUUGUUAAAAGGUA